AAAAUGUUUUUUAUUCCGCCUCGUGUGUGACGACCUUUCCUACACCCUCAAUAGCAAAGCCUGGAAGCAUUUUGUAACUUAUAAGUAUUUUAAAAGGAAUUCUAGGUUCGGUAAAAGUGCAGCCUUGACCCAUCCAAUAUGGCGGCGACGUUGAGGUACGGCUUGGCGCUCGAUGCAGCGUUUCUGUCUGUGCUAGCAAGUAUGUGAGUGACAAAUGCUGGAUCUGCUGUGCAAAAUUGUCACAUCACUCGUUGGACUUAAUCUUUCAUCUGUUUAAACGCCUUGCCCGGACCCUAGCUCCAGUGGCCCCCCAGCUCCCAGGGUCUGCAGGGGUUACAGAUGUCUGCACACUUCAGAGCCAUCUGGAAAAGAUGGCAAACACCAGAAUAAGAACCAGCAGUCGCGGCAAAGAGGACGGUGUUUUGGCGUGAGGGAAGCACCUGCAGGACAAAGUGGCGGUGGCUGGCGUUACUCAAGCACAGGCUGCCCUGGUCCAGACGCAGACGGAAGCGGGACAGGUAGUCAUUCUGCCUGCUGAUGUCGGUGGCCAGGAUUAAAGAGCCCAGGUCCCUCUCCAUGCUCAAGCUGUGGGGCGGGGAUCCAGCAAAGCGGGCAGGUGGGAGAAGAGCCCCGUCUCUCUGAGCAGCCCCACAGCCGACUUCCAGUGGUGGUUCUCCAGAACUGAGGAGGACAAAAAAUACACCUUCCUCAAAAUAAAGCCUGAAGCUCUGCCAAACUACUACGGACGCUGAGCUCAGAAGCACGGGCAUUCCAAGUUUCCACAGGAUUCUGUGGAUGACAUCCCAAUAUAAAAAGAUAGCCAAGGUUGACUUCAACAGGAUCGAUAUGAUAAUGGAAGACAGGGAAACCUCAAAAUGGCCGAAAAUUCAGGUUGGUGAUACAGACAAGAAUUCAAAAUGGCUGACUGCCAAUCACUCGUGGCCGACCUCCUAUCUGUCGCUGGAGGCUCCCUGCCGAGAGACUCUUGCUGGAAUGAAACUUAAGCAACUGCUAUCACAAUGACCACCAUGGAGAGCCUGGAGAAACAACUAAUUUGUCCUAUAUGCCUGGAGAUGUUUACAAAGCCUGUGGUUAUCCUGCCCUGCCAGCACAACCUCUGCAGAAAAUGCGCAAAUGAUGUCUUCCAGGCCUCAAACCCGUACCUCCCGACAAGGAGUGGCUCUUUGGCAUCCGGAGGCCGCUUCCGUUGUCCGUCAUGCAGACACGAGGUGGUUCUGGACCGGCAUGGUGUUUACGGACUGCAACGGAACCUACUAGUGGAAAAUAUUAUUGACAUGUUCAAGCAGGAGUCCAGUAGCAGCACGCCAGCGCCCGAGCGAAAGGAAGCAUCAACGCCCAUGUGCGACGUUCACAAAGAAGAAAAGAUCAACAUUUACUGCAUGACCCAUAACGUACCCACCUGCUCCAUGUGUAAGGUGUUUGGCGUCCACAAGGACUGCCAGGUGGAGCCCAUCAGCAGCAUCUACCAGACCAAGAAGACGGAGCUAAACGAUGGCAUUGCCAUGAUGCUGGGGAACAACGACAGGUUGCAAGGCAUCAUCAGUCAGCUGGAGGAGGCUUGUCGUGCCAUAGAGGAGAACAGUCGACGGCAGAAGAACCUGGUGUGUGAGAAGUUUGACAAUCUGUACUCCAUCCUGGAGGAGAAGAAGCGGGAGAUGAGUCUGAAGGUAACCGCCGAACAGGAGGAGAAGGUCAACUACAUCCGGGGCCUGACCAGGAAGUACGGGGACCACCUGGAGGAGAGCUGUAAGAUUGUGGAAAUGGGGAUCCAGACUAUGGAGGAGCAGGAAAUGGCCGUGUUCCUACAGAGCACAAAACCUCUUCUCAAAAAACUUGCAGAAGCCUGCAGCACAUCACAUCUGGACAAAGUGGAGCGCGGCUACGAGAACAUGGAUCACUUCACCGCCGACUUCCGCAGGGAGCGCAAGGUGUUGCGCAGCAUCGACUUCAUUCAAGAGGAUGAAGAGGAUGAUGAUGAUGAUGAUGAAGAGGCCGGGCAAGGAGAGGCACCAUUGGUGCCAUUGGCUACGGGAAGCGACGCUGCCCCACCCGCGCCGGUUACUCCCGCCCCGCCGCCACAGACAAGCUCCGCCUCUGCUGUGGCCAAAAGUACAGUGUCCACCUCUCUCCCAGCAGUUCCCUUCUUGCAAGAACCGAAAGGGCACAUCAGUGACGGCAACACUCAAGAUGAUAAGAUGCAAUAAUGUGCAACCAUUCACAAGGAACAAAGCUGAGUGAGAGUCAUGCUCAGUAUUUUUUAUAUUUUGCUCCUAUUUCAUGUUAUGGUAAUGGU